AUGAAAGAAGGUAUCUUCUUCAUUCAACCUUCACUCACUCUCACUCACUGCCAUCUAUUUUCCACUUGGAAAUGAUUUCUUUAUUGCCAUUAAUGCUGCCAAGAACACCUCUGGCAGCAUCUGUGACUCUACAACACACCUUGUGAUAAGCCUCUCUUUCUCUGUCUGUCUAUAUCUCUCUCUUCUCUUAUACAAGUAACUUCUCUCCAAUUGAUCAGUUAUUCUCAUUCUUUUCAUUUUCUUGGUCUAUUGAAUUAAACUAGGCCGAACCCAUUACUCGGAAGUUCAUUUCAAGAAAUAUUCAUUAAAGCCAUGCAAGAUCACCAUCCAAUUGGAAUUCCUGCUUGUUUCACAUCAGUCGAGAAGUUAACAGAUGAUCCUGCGACUAUAACCAGGUCAGGGCAGAGUGUGUUCAUGUCUGUUUAUCGUACAAAGAUUGCAGAUCAGUGUCGUCUCAUAACAAUAACAUGGUGCAAGAAUCUGUUGCUUCAUGGCCUAUCAGUAUCAGUAGAAGGUCCGGAAGGAGAAAAUCAGUAUACUUGCAAAGUGGAGCUAAAGCCUUGGUAUUUUUGGAGGAAACAAGGGUCAAAGCGUUUUAUAGUUGAUGGAAAAGCUGUGGAUAUUUUUUGGGACCUAAAAGCUGCAAAAUUUAAUGGAGAAACCGAGCCGAACUCAGAAUAUUACGUUGCUGUUGUUUGUGAUGAAGAAGUUGUUUUACUUCUUGGUGAUCUAAAGAAAGAUGCGUACAGGAAAACUGGGAGUAGGCCUGCUCUUAUUGAUCCGAUUUUGGUUUCAAGAAAAGAGCAUAUAUUUGGAAAGAAGAAAUUUUCUACAAGAAUUAAGUUUCAUGAGAAAGGAAGGCUUCAUGAGAUCUCAAUCGAGUGCAAAAACAGAACUCCUAAUAGUAAUUCUGGUAAUGGGAUUGAGCCAGAAUUGGAGAUAAGAAUUGAUGGGCAUUUAGCAAUUCAUGUUAAGCAUCUGCAAUGGAAGUUUAGAGUUGAAUGAGAAGAAUAAGCAGUACUACCAGUAGCAGAAGAAGGAAAUAGCAAGCAAGUUUAGUCACCACCAGCAACUAAAAGGAAUAAAAUUGUAGAAGGAAAUGUAAGAUGUUGAUGAUGUUAUGGGCCAGCUUUAGGGGUGGUGAGGAUACAGAUUGGGGAAUGAGAGAGAGACGGAUGAUUAGGAUGAGAAAGGAACUAGGACCCACAAGAGAGGUUGAGAGUUAGUUACAGCUGGGUUGAACAAGUGGGCAUAACUGGACAAGACAGAUUGUAUCACAUAUAACAUGUCCAAUAAUUUCACUUCUCUAGAGGCAUCCCCAAUUCUCAAUCUCCAUCUGUUUUUCAAUUUCUUUUUUUUAUUCUUCUCUUUUGAUCUGGUCUUGAAAUAUGAGAAAUCAGUACUUUCGCAUUGUA